GUCAGACAGACACACAGACAGAUGACAGGAAGGAGAGGACAGCUGAGCGACCACAGAGCCCCUAACCUCGCCGUCUAACCUCGUCUGAUGUGUCCUCAGCAGUGAUUUAUUUACACUCCGUUUUUUUUUUUUGUCUGAACCCGAGGACCUUCUCUCUUCUGUCGCUGAAAACCUCUCAGGAUGGUGGUCCGAGGCGUCGCCCUGAUCCUUUUUCUGGCCUGUGGGGUGAGUUUGGAUCUGUACCAGGACACGGUCAGGACUGAUGAUUGUGAUUUAAACACCAAAACAAAUGUCCUCUCUAAAAUACUUCAUGGAUCUGAAUCUGGUUAGACUAAAGUUCAUUCUUACAGUUAAAACUCAGCGCCUGUUUCAGAGUUCGGACAGAGUCAGAGAAGUGCCGAUGCGGCAGUGAGUCAGAUAAAUAAACUGAUUAAACUCUGCCAAGUGCUGUAAACACGUACGGAAGCCUUCAGGUGCCAAAAGAACAUUAAAAACACCCACAGUUAAUUAAACACAAAGGGACAGGUGAGGGCUGUGUUGAUCGACUCUCAUUCAAAACACAAACAAAUAAAAACUGCUGCAUGUUCUGUAGUUUAGUAUUUAUGUAUUUUAUGUCAGCUGUAAGAAAUGUUAUUUUCUUAUAUUUAGAAAAAAUGUCUAAUUAAUAUCUAAUUUAAGUUAAAACUGUGCGGGAUUAAUGAAUUCAUUUAUACCUAAAUAUGAACUUUUAAACCAUGAUUUAUUUUGAGUUAAACGUCCCCAUCAUGUCCGGGUGACCAGGGUCAAAAGAAAAUAAAGAAAUAAUUAAAUAAAAUAUAAGUUUGUAUAAUUAGAGGAAAAUGUGUUUAAAUCCAGAUUUUAGACCGUGUAUCAGUGAAGUUUGGAAACUUGAUCUAAUUGUUCAGAUCGUCACAGUCAGUCUUUUCCAAAGAUUUAAUCAAUACUAUUUAGUUAAAAAUCAAACAGACACUUUAAUAUUUAAAUAUUUAAAGGUUUAUUUUGCUGUAGUGACACGUGAGGAUUGAAGUAAACUUUGGACAUACUUGGUUUUAUCUGUCAUGUCCGUCACGACGUUUACAGUGAACUCUGGGAUCAUUUAGAUCCUGUAAUGAACUAAAAAAGACGAGGACGACAAAAAUAAAUAAAUAACUGGGGUCUGAAAUGUUUAUAGUAUCAUGACUUUGUCCUCCAAGAAAUCUGAAAUUUAUCUAAAAAUUCAGAGAAACAAAUGUAUAAAUCCUCAGAUUAAAGUCAGACUUUUCCAUCUCAUAUCUAAAAUCUGAAUCCUAAAUUCUGCCUGAAAAACAAAACUCUGAAAAAAAACUCUCAUCUGUGAAAUCUGGUUUUAAAAUCAAAGAUUCUGACUUUAAUUCUCGGUUAAAUCAAACCUUUUCUUCCACAAUUCUACUAAGAUUAAAAUUCUUCUCAGAUUUUUGACUUUUAAACUGAACUUUUAAAUUAGGAUUCUUUGAAAAGUUCACUUAAAUAAAAAAAAAAUCAGAACUUUUAGGUCAAAGUGAAAAUUUCAUUUUUUCUCAGAAAUCUGAUUUAAAAUCAGAAUUGAAAGAAAGGGAAAUGGAAGAAAAAAGAGAGAUUUAGGGAAAUAAAGUAAUGAUUCUGACUUCUUUUAAAAUUCUUUCUUUUAAAGUAGAAUUGCGGGAGAAAAGGAUUGAUUUAACUGAGGAUUAAAGUCAGAAUCUUGAUUUUAAAACCAGAUUUCACAGAUGAGAGUCAGAAUCUUGGAAAAGUCUUUCAUCUGAGGUUUUAUCAAUUUGUUUCUCUGAAUUUUUAGAUAAAUUUCAGAUUUCUUGGAGGACAAAGUCAUGACACUAUAAAAAUUUUAGACCGCAGUUAUUUAUUCAUUUUUGUCUUCCUCGUCUUUUUUAGUUCAUUACAGGAUCUAAAUGAUCCCAGAGUUCGCUGUAAACGUCGUGACGGACAUGACAGAUAAAACCAAGUAUGUCCAAAGUUUACUUCAAUCCUCACGUGUCACUACAGCAAAAUAAACCUUUAAAUAUUUAAAUAUUAAAGUGUCUGUUUGAUUUUUAACUAAAUAGUAUUGAUUAAAUCUUUGGAAAAGACUGACUGUGACGAUCUGAACAAUUAGAUCAAGUUUCCAAACUUCACUGAUACACAGUCUAAAAUCUGGAUUUAAACACAUUUUCCUCUAAUUAUACAAACUUAUUUUUGUAUUUUUUUAUUUUGUUUUGCUGAUAUUUUAGUUUUUUCUUGAAUCGCAGCUUUUUUAAAGAAUCCUAAUUUAAAAGUUCAGUUUCAAAGUUAAAAAUCUGAGAAGAAUUUUAAUCUCAUCCUCAAAUUCUGACUUCAGUGUCACACCAUCUAAAACACGUUUGAGGUUUUUUUUUUUUACUCCAGAUUUGAUCUCAGAGUUUUAAGAAAAAGUCAGUUCAAGAAAAACGGACCUCAAAGACAGAAAGACUGUCCUUUAUCGUCUCCGUAGUUCUGUUCUGACGGCUCUGUCCUUCUCCAGGUCCUGUCGGAUCCCCAACAUCGGCCCGGCUUCUGUGCUUUCUAUGAGGAGUGUGGUCGAAACCCGUCACUGGGAGACACUCUCAUUCCUCCGAUCGUCCCCUGUCUCAACUACAGCGCAGCCCGUCUCAUCAGCGGAGAGCACUACCGGAGAUUCAAAGAGGUCUGUCCCUCCUCGUUCAAACAUAGUGAAGCUCUCUACUUUGUUGGUUUGUAAGAAUAUUGAACAGAUUCCUCUUGUCGGCACUCAGCCUGUCUUUGACUCUCUUGUCAUGUACCUGUUCUCGCCGCAGGUGUGUCCUAUUUUAGACCAAGGGGAGGGCAACACGUACGCCUGCUGCUCCUACAAACAGCUGGGGUCCCUGAGGAACAGUCUGACCCUGUCCAAAGCCGUGCUGAACCGCUGUCCCUCCUGUGCGGAAAACUUUGCUACUGUUCACUGCAUCAACACCUGCAGCCCCAACCAGUCCGAGUACGUCAAAGUCACCAAAGUCAUGAAUGUCACCAACUCUCUUGGCAAGACACGGGAGGCGGUGAUCGGUUAUAAGGCGUACCUUAGCAACAGCUUUGCAGAAGCCGCCUUCAAGUCAUGUCAAAAUGUCAGGAUCCCCGCCACCGGAGGCUUCGCCAUCGCCACCAUGUGUGGAAGGUAUGGAGCCAAGCUGUGUAACGCCCAGCGCUGGUACGACUUCCAGGGCGACUCCAGUAACGGUCUGGCACCACUGGACAUCGACUUCAACCUGGUAAAGGCGGGGGACAUGGCGGGACUGCCGGAGGGUGUAUUUCCCUACGAUGAUCGUGCUUUAAGGUGCAAUGAGACGACACCAUCAGGAGGUGAGGGCUGCUCCUGCCAGGACUGCCAAGAGUCGUGUCCAUCGAUGCCGGAUCUUCCUCAGCCUCCAGGUCCAUUCAGACUGAUGGGGACAGACGGCUUCCUCGUGAUCUGUAUCAUCUUACUCUGUCUCCUGGUAUUCUCCUUCAUUCUCUUCAUCGUUGUCUCUUACUGGACGAGAUAUCAGAGAAAGAAAUAUAAAACCACGAAGAAGAAUAAAGCGAAAGACCAGAACAGCAACACUGUGACUGAGCAGAUCGUUUCUCCAGCAGAGGUGACGUGUGCCGACAGGAACAGCCUGGCUGCUCAGGCUUUCCUAUCGGCACAGUUCAGACGUUGGGGGACGCUCAUGGCCUCCUAUCCUCUCUUGGUGAGUCCAACUCAAGUGUUUCAAGUGUUUUUCUUUCACCCUGAACAAAGUCAUUCAUGGUCCAACUGAUUCUCAUCCAAGGUCCUCCUGACAUCAGCUGUAGUGGUGGCUGUUUUCGCUGCCGGUCUCAAGGACAUUGAGCUCACCACUGACCCGGUCGAGCUGUGGUCGGCCCCCGACAGUCGCGCCCGCCAGGAGAAGGAAUUCCACGACAAACACUUUGAACCUUUCUUCAGGACAAACCAGCUGAUCUUGACGGCACCUGACAGAAAGGGUCAUAUCUACGACUCUUUGCUGUUUGGACCGCAGAACUUUAGUGGACUGGUGGCCAAAGACCUCGUCAUCGAGCUGCUGAAGCUCCAGGAACGAAUUCAGGUAAAGAAGAGAAGAAGCUGGUCGUUGGAAGUUUGCUGAAGAUAACUGUUUCAGAUUAAUAACUCGAGCUUGUUCCUCUUUACUGUUUCAGAAAAUUGAGUUUUGGUCCGAGGAUCUGAACCGCACAGCGAGUUUAAAAGACGUGUGUUUUGCACCACUGAACCCAUCGAACCCUGCGCUCACGGACUGUGCCACCAACAGCGUGGUGCAGUACUUCCAGAACAGCUUGGACAACAUUAAUGCAAAAGUGAACAUGACAGAGCUGGGAGUGACCAAAGAAGUGGACUGGAGGGACCACUUAAUCUACUGUCUGAAGUAAGAGUUCAGAGAAUUCAACCAGAGAGAAAAUAGAUUUACCUUAAUGAUGUUAACCCCCCGACUCUCCUCUCCAGCUCCCCCCUCUCCUUCAAGGACAUCACUGAUUUGGGGAUGAGCUGCAUGGCGGACUACGGCGCUCCAGUCUUUUCUUUCUUGGCUGUGGGAGGAUACGAUAGUGAGUGACUCUUACUGAGAUCUGAACAUGAAAUACCUGAACUGAGGUCUUUGUGAACUUACUGUAUCAUACGUCUUUGUAGAUGACGACUUCACCAACGCUGAGGCUUUCAUUAUGACCUUCUCCCUCAACAACUACGCUCGAACCAACCCCAAGUUCAAAGUGGCCAUGCAGUGGGAGACGGAGUUCCUUAAGAUCGUCCAAGACUACCAGAAAGACCCCGCCUGCAGCUUCACCUUCGCAUACAUGGCUGAGGUACGGUAAAUGUUCGGCUGAUCCAAAGGUGUUUCCGUCUCUGAUGCUGAUAAAAUAUUGAUAUUAAGCCAAAAUAAUCCUACAGUAAUACCCUGAGGUCGUCGUAGGUCCUUAAAACUGUCAUAAAACUGAACUGAGAUGAAGAUGAAGCAGAUGUUAGCUUUUAAAAACUGACGUUAAACAUUUAUUAUUGAUGAAAAACAACGUUCGAGUCUCUUCAGGUUACUGAUCAAUUCAACACUUUCUGUUUUCAUUCAGUUCAGGAACUCAGAGGCCUUCGAACAGGGUCCUGUUUUCCAGGACUAUGAACCGGGACCAAAUAAAGGCCCAGCUCACUGAAAGUCUCCGAAGGCUUUGGUCUCUGUAGUUGAAUCAUUAUGUCACUGAAAGGGUCUGUAGUGAUGAACAAGGUUGGCCAACUUUAGCAGCUAGAGCAGCAAACUUUAACAACAAUCCUACAGACGCCAUGGUGAGUCUUCAGUUAGACUGUUGACUUGGUCUGUGGCGGUUCAUCACAGAGAAGAAAAAAACCUGAUUUUGUGAGAGUCCCGCUCCAGAGUCCCUUAUCCCGUUUCUCUGUUUGGUCUGGAUGUUUGUUCACAGAGGUCUCUGGAGGACGAGAUCAAUCGAACAACAGCAGAGGACAUCCCCAUCUUCAUGAUCAGCUACGCUGUGAUCUUUGUCUACAUCGCCGUGGCGCUCGGGGAGUACUCGUCAUGGAAGAGGGUUCUGGUAAGACUUCAGAGUCUGCUCUGGUUAUUAGUGAACUUAUUUAUGUUCCCCAGAGUCACUUUGUUAUUCCCUGAUAUCCGAUCAUGCUCAAUAAUUAAUCUCUUAUAAUAUUCUCAUCCAGAAGAGACCAUCCUCAUCUCAUUUCCUCACUUCUUACCUUAGGUCCUAGUUUCUUUUGUCAACUCAUUUGAUUUAAAUAAGUGAUUUAUUUCUGUUAGAAAUUACUUUAAUUUAAUCUAAAAGUCCCAAUUCAGACUUUUUUUCUUCUAAAUUCAGAUUUUGAAUUUAAGAGUCUGAGAAAAAAAAGUCAAAAUUCUGAGAAAAAAGUUAAAAUUCUGAGAAAAAGUCAAAACUUUGAGGAAAAGUUUUACCCUCCAAAUUGUUGACCUUCGAUCUUCCUGACGUCCCUGAGCCUUCUGUUUGUCUUUAUUGAAUGAUCAUUUUAAUCCAGAUAAAACCCUCUGAUCCACGUCAUCACGUGAACACGGUUUCUCAGAGUCUGUUUCUCAUAAUCUGCUGAGUAUCGAGUAUUCGCGCCUCCAGAGGAACUUUCAGGUUUUGUUCUGUUUAAACGGACGUGUCGAACAUGUGCCUGGGUUAUCUGAGGCAUUCACUGGAGAAGUCAGGUUUAUGAAAGAGAGCUUAUCAUGUAUGUGGAAGAGCGGAGGAGCUGUUUUCGCACGACUGUGUCAGCUGUAUACGUCUUAUCUUGAGGACCAUAGGUUUAUUGGCCGUGAAGUUAUACAAUAUAGGAGAUGUGAUACAGUGAGAGAUAUGAGGAAAAGUUCACUGGGUUUGAUGGGAACUGGUUUCUUAUCGCUGCGUCCUGUAGGUGGACUCCAAGUUCCUGGUGGGUCUGGGUGGGAUCCUGGUAGUCGGCUGUUCGGUCCUGGCUUCGAUGGGUUUCUACUCCUGGAUCGGUAUCCCCUCCUCUCUGGUUAUCCUGCAGGUCGUGCCCUUCCUGGUCCUCGCUGUUGGAGCUGACAACAUCUUCAUCUUCGUUCUGGAGUACCAGGUGGGCGCCUUAUGUGAUGAGUGAACGUUGCAGGUGGGGUGGCGUCCUUUUCAGUGGUGAUAACCCUCUUUACCUCCGUCACAGAGAGACGUCCGCAAACCUGGAGAGAAGAGAGAGGAGCAGAUUGGCCGAGUCCUGGGGAACGUGGCUCCCAGCAUGCUCUUGUGCAGCCUCUCAGAGUCUGUCUGCUUCUUCCUGGGUAAUAAUAAUAACUUUAUUUUAUGGCAAUUUACAGACAAACAGUCGUAAAGCACAGAACAUCAGCUCCGUUAAAAACAAGGCCUCCGAAUUGAAGGCCAAUUUGUCAUAAGAAACCCAGAAAAUACAAGAACCUACAACAUAAAAUGAGACCAUGAGGACCAGAAUAAAAACAUUAAAGGUUGGAGUAGGAGUUGGAGUUGGGUAGGAGGUUCUGAAUUACUCUGGUGCACCAGAACCCCUGGUGUGGUUAAGACUUUCCUCCAGUGCAAAAGGGACCCCCGGUGUUGACCUCUGGUUUGUUCCCUCAGGGGCCCUGUCCACCAUGCCGGCGGUGAAGUCCUUCGCUCUGUAUGCUGCUCUGGCGGUGCUCAUGGACUUCAUCCUCCAGAUGACUGCCUUCGUAGCGCUGCUGUCCCUGGACGCCCGGCGACAGGACAAGAACCGCUGUGAACUCCUGUGCUGUGUCACAGUGUCGACUGAGCGUCCAAACAAGCCCAACGAGGGCGUCCUGCUGCCCUUCAUGAGGAAGUACUACGCCCCUGUGCUGCUGAACCGCUACUCCAGAUUCAUAGUGGUAAAUCCCACAGUUUCCCAGAACUCGGACUUUAAUCUCAGAACCAGAGUUCUGGUUUUAAAUUUUUUAGAAAAGUCAGUGUUAGAGAAGAUCAGACCUUUAUUCUGGGGUGGUUCUGAUCCCCUUCUGUAGACGUUGGAGUUUUCAGAGUCUAUAUUUUGUCUCCUGUUUCCCUCAGAUGCUGGUGUUCAUCUUUAUGUUCUGUGGAUCCUUGUUCCUCAUGUUUAAUGUGACGGUGGGUUUGGACCAGGAGCUGGCCAUGCCUCAGGUCAGUUCUCUCAGGAAUCGACCCUCCAGCUGAUCCUCCUUCUCCUCUGUCAUUAAUAACUCAUUCAUCAUCUCUUCUCUGCAGGGCUCCUACAUGCUGGACUAUUUCAAGUAUCUGUACAAAUACUUUGAAGUAGGAGUUCCUGUUUAUUUCGUGACAAAGCGAGGUUUCGACUUCACCACCGUGGAGGGCAUGAACGCCGUCUGCUCCAGUGUGGGCUGUGACCAGUUCUCCCUAACCCAGAAGAUCCAGUACGCCACCAACCACCCUCACCUGUGAGUUUGGUCAUCUCUGAUAUCAGGACAUCUCAAACCUGAAAACAACAGAGUAAACACAGAUGUAUAUGAUCAAAGGUUUCAGAAAUGCUGUAGAGAUGAAUUUCAUCAGAUCAGAUGAUGAAAGGGGCGAGUCGAGCCCCUCAGAUUCCUGCCACACUCUGAAUCAAGUCUUAUCAUGGAGCUGAAGUUCAGUCAAAGUCGACAGAAACCCGUUCCUCCUCCGCUGAGGGUUUCUCUGUGUUCGUCCUCUACAUGAUUCUUCUCUGACAGAUCCUUGAACCUGCUGAUAUCACAGUAGCAACCUCUCACAUACAAGCCAUCCGAUCCGAGUUAAUGAUCAACUCCGUUACAUGAUAUCGUCUGAGCAGAUAAAAUGAGCUGAGAGUAAACACACCGAAACCUCCCUAACCCGAACCCCAGGCAGUCAGACAGUCAGGUGGAUUGGCUCUGAACUGUGAAACCCCCUUUGGAGGCAAAUUUAGAUUUUGGGCUCUGGGUUCGAGGACUUGUCAUUCGCCACGUUUACAUGUGCAAAAUAUCUUGAUCCGAUUAAAAGUUGGAGGGAUUCGAUAAUCUGAAUCCACUGUUUCUAUGUGUGUAAAAUCAAAUAAUCCGAUCAUGACGUGCCGAUACCUGCACCAAGAUUUAUCAGAUUAGAAGCAUUCGGACAUGCGCAGAGUUGUCUGAUUUCGCUAAAACAGCCGCAGAAGAAGAAGAGUUGUAUUUACGUCUGUGCUGUCGACAAACCAACAAGUUUCCCCCUCUGUUAAACGGUGUCACUAGAUGGCGCCCUUGCGUACUUAUUUUACUCUUCUGUCAAAGGUUGGACUGCGUGUGCAGAUGUGACAUCAUUACGCUGUAUGAACGCCUCGUUAUGUUAUUGGAGGAGCAGACAUGACACCUGCGGUUGUGUUUUAUGCCCGUUUUCAUGAUGAAGCCUCCUUUACCGACAUCGAUAAUAAGCCGAAGACUUAAGAGUGAAGAUCGAGUCAGGUAAGAGAGUCACGAUCGGAAUUACUGUUUUCAUGGACGCGUUUCGGAAUAACGAUCGACAUAAACCACCGCUCUCGAUCGGAAAACAAUUCCUUUACGAUUGUGCCGAAUAGGAUCAGAAUCUUCCGAUCGACAUGUUUACAUGACGCAUUUUUAUUCCGAUCGGGCAUUUAUUGCGAUUAUUUGUGCUCAUGAAAACGCAGCUAUUUUUAGAGUGAAAAUGAAUAAAUAUAAUCUGAUCAAAAUAUUGUAUUUAAAGAAAAUUUAGUCCAAUUAAAACAUCAACCUUUCAUCUGUUACUAGAUUCAUUCAACGUGUUUCCUCCAAACAGUUAGUUUCAGAAUAAUCAUAAAACUUUAUGAUUUCAUUAUCUGGAGAUCACGGUGACAUAAGAUUAUCGCAGUUAUUACCACUUCAGUUACUCUGAGAUAAAGAGGAUUAACUUAUCAGCUCCUUCAGGUGUUUUUGGAUCCUCCCUGACGGACUCACUCCCCUGAGCGAGGACAGAGUUUAAGAGUAAACCGAAGAGAGAGCUGUUGGAUAUAUAUUUAUGUUUAGGUGUAUUUAUAUAUAAUCUACAUAUAAAACUACAAACAUGGCUCUAUAUUUCUGCUGACUGCAGCUGUAGAAACUGUGCAGUGUGGAAACAUUGGUGAAUGAAAAAGGUUCAUGAAUUUAUUAAGAUGAUAUAAAGAGGAGCUAAAUUCACCUUUUCAGCUCCUGGAGGAGUUUUGAUUUCCAUGAAUGUUUGACUGAAUAUGUUCCUUUCAUUUACAUAUUACUUUGAUAUCAUGGCGGCCACUCCUGCCGUAUUUUGACCCUUUAUGGUCUGGCGUGUCGUAGAUCCUACAUGGCGAUCCCGGCUAACUCCUGGGUGGAUGAUUUCAUCGACUGGCUGAACCCCGGAUCCAGAUGUUGUCGUAUUUACACCCUGGGUCCCAAUGCCGGAAAGUUCUGUCCUGCAAGCGAAUGUGAGAACCACUUUGAGGAUAUCCCACUUUAACGCACUUUCCCAUCAUGCACUUCUUUGAUUAACACCUAACCUGCCUUGAAUUCAUAACAGCUGCAUUUUUGUGUGGGAAGAAGUGUAUGUCCACGCCACCGGACGGCGUCCUCAGACCCACAGAGGCAGAAUUCAACCGCUUCCUCCCGGACUUCCUGGGGAACAGGCCGGACCUUCAGUGCCCCAAAGGGUGAGUACAGCAGCUGAACAUGUAAAGUAACCAUGGGGGUCAGUCAGGACCCCUCCUCAUGUCUGGUCCUGUUUUUGAACAGAGGUCUGGGAGCGUACGACACGGCCGUGGUCAAAGACGAGAACGGGACGAUUAUAGGUAUGUGUCCGUUUACGGCUCAGAGCGUGUCUUCAAACAUCUUUGAGACCUUCUGUUGAAACCCUGAGGUGAGCUGCUCUUCUUCUUCGUCUGUUUCCAGCCACUCGCUUCAUGGCGUACCACACGACACUAACCAACUCUCAGGAGUUUACCGCCGCGCUGCAGAAGUCCAGAGAGCUGGCUCACAACAUCACUGAGGGCAUGAAGAAAAUCAACGGGACCUCGCCGGACUUCGAAGUGUUUCCUUACACGUACGUAACUCUCAGAGUUUGUGUGUUUCCUCGCUUUGUAACCUUCAGUCUACGCCGUGUGUCAUCUACUUCCUGUUUCCUCCUCCAGGGUGACCAGCGUCUUCUACGAGCAGUACCUGACCAUCGUAUAUGAAGGACUCUUCAACAUCUCCUUGUGUCUCCUGCCCACCUUUGUGGUUUGCUGUCUGCUGCUCGGUUUGGACCUGCGCUCCGGGUUGCUCAACCUGAUCACCAUCAUCAUGAUCACCGUGGAUACCGUCGGCGUCAUGACUCUGUGGAGCAUCGAUUAUAACGCCGUGGCUCUCAUCAAUCUGGUGACGGUAAGGACACGUCUGAGAUCCUCGCCUGGUUCUGAGUCUUCAGGUCCAGGAGGAUCUGCUGUAGGUCUUGGUUUGAAGGGCGGAGUUCUUCAGAUUUGGAAAUCACGAGCUCAUGUCUGUCUCUGUCCGUCUUCUGUGUGGUUUGCAGGCGGUGGGAAUCUCUGUGGAGUUCGUGUCUCAUAUGACGAGAUCGUUCGCUCUCAGCACCAAACCCACUCAUGUGGAGCGAGCCAAAGAGGCGACCGCCAACAUGGGCAGCGCCGUGAGUCCCCGUGAAGCUCUUCAGAGCUCCAGAUCAAAUCUGUGACUCAGGGUUUGACACGUGAUGACGUCUGUUUUGGUAAAUCCUGUUUCUUCUGGAUCUCGCAGGUGUUUGCUGGUGUCGCCAUGACCAACCUGCCGGGGAUUCUGGUUCUGGCGUUUGCAAAAGCUCAGCUCAUCCAGAUCUUCUUCUUCCGACUGAAUCUGGUCAUCACGCUCUUGGGGAUGGCUCACGGACUCGUGUUCCUCCCUGUGCUGCUCAGCUACUUCGGUACGACCCUCAGAGGUUCUUGUUUUGUGUGAAUCAAAGAGUUUUCACAGGAUCAGGUCUGACGUUUCAUAUUCUGACGUUUGUGUCCUCAGGUCCGGGUGUCAACAAAGCCGUGUUGCUGCAGCAGCAGCAGGAAAGAGCCAAGGAGAGGCAGCUGGAGCUGAAGAACACAGAGAAGCCGGUUUAUGAUAACCUGAGCUUCGAGGAGAACGAGGUAAAGCAGAGCGCAGACAUAAACUCGAAGAACCCUGAAGACAAAACUUCACAGAUCUUUGAAAACCAGCAGAAGAAGAAGGAGGAGAAAGUCGAUCGUUUCUGAGAAAACAGUUUCUUAAGCUCUGAGAGUGAAUACCUCUGAAACCGAAGGAAGAGAAGGAUGGACACUGAAAAAAAGGACAAAACGAGGUGUCAGGUGUUUGUGUCGAAAAGGAAAUCAGUAACUUAACUAUGUACCUCAAUCAGAAAUGGAGCGGUGGGAAUGAAGACGGGAACAGAGCGAUAUAUUUCUGAUCCACACGAGUCCGGACCGGAGCGACUCGUCUGUCUCCAGAAGAGCUGCAGCUGAGCGCCGUCCGAAUGUCGACUUUCUGACGAGACAGGAAGUGGACAAAAGUUCUUGAAAGUGUCAUUUUGUAUGUUUUUUAUUUUUCUGUGCUGAUUUUGUAUGUGUGAAGAGUUCAUGUGUUCAGAGGGACUCAGAGGGACAAACACUCCAGCCUCCACUUUGACCUCCGUCCUUCAGGAGCUUCAUGGUGGAAACGUGUGCAAUCAAGGAGAAGAUGACGAGUUUUCGAGGAAACUUCUGAUUAUUUAUGGUGCAGAGGAGGAUCUCCAUCCAUGACUGAAGAAGAUUAUACUUUAUGUUCAACACAUUUUGAGUCCCUCUGUGUGUCGUAGUUUUCACUGAUUCCUAUUUAUUGAUUGAAUCCAGAUUUUCUGUAACAUGAAGCAGAGACAUGAGAGCGCUGAAUCAGUGAUAUUUUUUACUAUUUAAUUUAUUAUGAUCUCUAUUUUAAACGACUUUAAAUGUUCUUACAGCAUCUGUUCACAUUAUUUUAAUAAAUUUUUAAACAUUUCA